UAACACAGAGAGAAGUAAGAGUGAACGAAAGUUGUGAAUAUAAACAAUCCAUCAUGAGCUCUACUGACACUAUGAGCUCUACCAAGCUCUGCUCGAUAGUUUGUGUGCUCUUUGCUUUUGCCUUGUGCUGAUGAUGAGCAUAAUAUGAUCAAGUAAUUUAUGAAAGCUGACAAGUCCAGCUAGAGGUAACUGCCCGGUCGCAACGCAACAUCUGACCAGUCAAAACAAAUUGCGGUGUCAACGAAAUUAAUCUGAUAGAUGAUACAUACUCAAAUAAGGAAAAGAAUUGGAAGAAAUGCUACCACGAUGCUGAAAAUCUUCCACUUUAAGCGCAUCAUAUACCCCGCUCUGCUGAUAUUUUCAAUCUAUGCCACAGUAGAGUUCAUCAGAUCAAAAAUUUCGAAUCAAGCAUACCAGAAGAGGCUGGAAAUUUGGGAGGUGCGGGAGAAAAUUCACUACGUUAAUCUCUCCGUGCCAUACAAACUCGGAGAGCAAGCAUGUCGUCAUCCAAUGUUAGACGUGCACGCAAAAGAAAUCAUGAAGUUUAUUCAUCCUGCAGCUCCAAUUGUGUGUAGUGAAAUAGAAGAUUGGGUUGUUGUAGAGGGAAAUGAAGCGAAAAUAACAGAUAAUGCUAGGAAAUUGCAUGGAGACGUACUUUGCUCAUUUACUGAUAUAAUCCGGGAAACAGACUUUUCAAACAAAAAUGCUCCACGAGUCUUUAGUCGAACUGGUUAUAUCCUGGCUAGGAGUGAUUACAUCAGGGUCUCCUGCAAUGCGACAGACGGAGAAAAAUGGCGUGGGAUCCUUGCUGGAAUAAGAAGGUAUCCUGAUGCUGUUAAGAGAUCCACCUGGUCUAAUGUGGAGAAAGAUGGACUGCCCUUAAACGUGAUUAUAUGGGGGUUUGACUCUUUGUCAAGAAACAUGUUCAUAAGAACCCUACCUAAAACUUAUGAAUUCAUGAAAGAUGAGUUAGGCGCUGUGGCGCUGGAAGGAUACAACAUUGUUGGCGAUGGCACACCCCAGGCCUUGAUCCCAAUUCUUACAGGUGAAACGGAGCCUGAGUUGCCAGAGGCAAGGAAGCGAAUGGGUGCUAAGGCUCACUUUGUCAACGUGUACCCUUUUAUUUGGAAUGAAUUUAGAGCAAAAGGGUAUGUUACAGCUUUUCAUGAGGAUAGCCCCAACAUUGGAACCUUUACGUACCGCCUGCGUGGUUUCAACGAGCAACCGACUGACCACUAUAUGCGAACGUUCUUUGUGGCCGCCGGCCCUGAAUAUGGUGGCCAGAAACAAUAUUGCAUGGGCAGCAUUCCCAGGCACAAAAUAAUGAUGAACCAAGUGAAGAAUCUCUACAGGACCUACCCAGACAAACCAAAAUUCUUAUUCAGCUUCCACUGUGAGCUGUCACACGAUUCAUUUAAUGAUGUGACUGCUGCAGAUGAAGAUUUACUUGACCUAUUCAGAUGGAUGAAAAAUAAGGGUCACCUGAACAACACUCUGCUUGUUGUUAUGAGCGAUCAUGGGCAUAGGUUUACCCAGAUCCGUGAUACUCAACAAGGAAAGCAGGAGGAAAGACUGCCCAAUUUCCUCUUCGCAUUUCCACCUUGGUUCAAGGACAAGUAUCCUGAAGCGCAUCAAAACUUUAUGAAAAACACAAAAAGACUUUCAACCCCUUUUGACAUUUAUCCUACACUCAAAUCUAUCCUCGACUUUCCACCCGCAAGAGGUUUGAACUUUGGUCUUGGGAGUGUGAAAAACAGAUCCAUUAGUCUCUUCUCAGAGGUUCCUAAGGAAAGGACCUGUGAAAAUGCUGGCAUAGAAGCACACUGGUGUGCUUGCUUAUCCUGGCAUGAAUUGAAACCAGGUGAAGAUGCCAUUGCUCAGAAAGCAGCUAUUGCUUUGGUUGACGCCAUCAACCGAGAGACGCAAAAUUACAGAAAAAUGUGCCACAACCUACUGCUCAGUCGCCUCUCUUGGGCAGGGAGGUUCCAACCGCACAAAGGCCUUCUGCAGUUUCAGAAGAACGCUGACAUGGACGGCUUUGUUCCAGAUUUAAGUGCCCAUACUGAGGUUACUCAGCUAUUGUAUCAGGUGAAGGUUCAAGUCAAACCUGGAGGUGGUAUAUUUGAGUCUUCUCUCCGUUAUGACACCCGUGAUCAAAGCUUUGCAAUCAGGAUUGAAGACAUUUCAAGAAUCAACAAAUAUGGAUCUGCUGCUCACUGUGUUGAAAACUCACUGGAGCAUCUUCGCAAGUUCUGUAACUGCAAAGCUCCUCCGCCAACAACCAUCAAAGUGCCAUCUUCAUCUACAAACAACUCUAUUCAUCUUCAUUGAUAAGAAACGAUCAAUACCGACAAUACCUGAUUUAUGUAUGGCAUUAACUAAAUGAUCUGUGUAACCAAAAGUUCUAGUCCUAUACAGCAAAAGUAAUUAAGAGAAAUUGAAAUGACUAGCCAUACUUUCAUGUAUUUAGUUCAACUUUAUUUCUGGUGAUUUUGUUGGUUGCACAAAUAUUGUUUUACACGUUUUAAACUAAAAAAAAGUAAUCAAGCAUUUUUGUCUUAUUGUACAACAAAUCGGAUAAAUCUCAGCGUCUGAUUUUUAAGUGCACGCAUGACUGACAUUUGCAGGUACAAUUAGAUAGAUUCGAUUAACCACAUUACUACUGCUUCAAAUCCCUAGAUUCUAUGUAUCUAUGUCACAAGUGAUGCUGUUUUAUUCACUUUUGUUAGGUGACAUAAUUACACAUGUUUUUCUCUCUCAUCAAUUUCAUAAUCAUCUUUUGAUUUUCAAGUCAAAGUAAAAUAAUGUGUAUUAUAAAACUACAUUGUUUCCAAAUGAAUGAUGGUUAGGGUAAUGCUUCAUUUGUUGUUGUUCUAUUUUGUUCCUAUUUUAAUCUAAUUUGACAGUUGAUUAGCUAUAUUUUCUCUUAGGGUUUUAGCGGAUCAGUAAUCUCAUUGUAACCCACGAAGCAAAACUCUACAAUGAAGCCAUUAUUAAAUGUAUGCUUUGCUCAUCCUAGUAUCAUAUUGUUUUAGAGCUGAGGAGACGCGUUAAUUUUUGUAAAAUUAAAAUUUAACGCUGUAUGUUCAAUUUGUAGUAAAAUUGUACAGUUAACUAAUAAAACGUUGGUAAUGUGC